CCAGAAUAACAGUAAAUCAGACGGCAGCUCCUCCAGAGCAGCAGCAGCAGCAGCAGCAGUGAAAUUGUAACCCUGUUGCAAGUAUUUUUGGCCGCAGAUAACCGAGUGAGCUCACUGCGGUCUAUUUCUUCGGAUAGACUCGAGAGUUGUUCAGGCAAGAGCAACGCAAAAGGAGCGUUUUUUCGGUCUCUUCUUACCCCCCUGCUAUAUCGCAAUAUUAUAUCACACACUGGAAAUGUCCGAAAACAAGCCGAAUGAUGAGCCGAAGUUAUCUACGACGGACAGGGUGGUGAAAUCUGUCCCCUUCCCCCCCAGUCACCGGCUGACGGCUAAAGAGGUGUUUGACAGUGAGGGGAAGCCCAAAGUGGACGUGCUGAAAGCUCACCUAACCAAGGAGGGCCGUGUGGAGGAGGCGGUGGCUCUGAGGCUCAUAGGAGAGGGUGCUGCAAUCCUGCGCUCAGAGAAGAACUUGCUGGACAUCGAUGCUCCUGUCACAGUGUGCGGAGACAUCCAUGGGCAGUUCUUUGACCUGAUGAAGCUGUUUGAAGUAGGAGGAUCACCAGCCUCCACGCGCUACCUUUUCCUGGGGGACUAUGUUGACAGAGGAUAUUUCAGUAUUGAAUGUGUGCUGUACUUGUGGGCCUUAAAGAUCCUGUACCCCAAAACACUGUUUUUGCUUCGUGGGAAUCAUGAAUGUAGACAUUUAACAGAGUAUUUCACAUUUAAGCAGGAAUGUAGAAUUAAGUAUUCAGAAAGGGUGUAUGACGCAUGUAUGGACGCCUUCGACUGUCUUCCCCUGGCUGCACUUAUGAACCAGCAGUUCCUAUGUGUACACGGAGGACUGUCUCCAGAAAUCACAAAUCUUGAUGACAUCAGGAAACUAGACAGAUUCAAAGAGCCACCGGCAUACGGGCCGAUGUGUGAUCUGCUGUGGUCUGACCCCCUGGAGGACUUUGGAAACGAGAAGAGCCAAGAGCAUUUCACACACAACACAGUGCGAGGGUGUUCCUACUUUUACAGCUACCCUGCAGUCUGUGACUUUCUACAACACAAUAACUUAUUAUCUAUCAUCCGGGCCCAUGAAGCACAGGAUGCUGGAUAUCGCAUGUACAGAAAGAGUCAGACCACUGGCUUCCCAUCCCUUAUCACCAUCUUCUCUGCACCCAACUAUUUAGAUGUCUACAACAACAAAGCGGCAGUGCUGAAGUACGAGAACAACGUAAUGAACAUCCGACAGUUCAACUGCUCACCUCACCCUUACUGGCUGCCCAACUUCAUGGAUGUCUUCACCUGGUCCCUACCCUUUGUCGGUGAAAAGGUGACUGAGAUGCUUGUGAACGUACUGAGCAUCUGCUCCAAUGAUGAGCUGACCACUGAUGAGGAGCUGGAUGGACAGCUAAUAUAUCCCCCUAAAAAAGGUGCCACGGCCUCUGCCCGUAAGGAGGUCAUCCGCAACAAGAUCCGUGCCAUUGGGAAGAUGGCCAGAGUAUUCUCUGUGCUCAGAGAGGAGAGUGAGAGCGUGCUGACACUGAAGGGACUGACUCCGACAGGCAUGCUGCCGUGUGGAGUGCUGGCUGGUGGCAAAGAGAAGCUGCAGAAUGAAACUGCAGGUAUAAUCGGUUGUGCAAGUAUUCUGUUGAUUUUAUUGGUUCCUUUCUUUAUGUUAAGACGAGUUUAGAGUUCAGUUCACCCUCUUAUGUUGAACUCCAAACACUCCACCCAAAUGAGUCUCAGCCAGCUGCUGUAGCGAGGAAGUAAAAGCUUUCUGGGGAAAGCUUUUACAAACACUUCAAAUUCAGUCGCCCUCUUGACAGAAAUGGACGCUUCUUUGUCCUAAAUUGAGUGCUCAUGAAUCUGAGCAGUGCUCCGUCAGGACAGACGCAGGACUCUCUGUGAUUCAAAGGAUGAACUGGAAUUGACACGGCCAACUGUGAAUGAAAAGGGGGUCAGCUUGUCUGCCUUUCCAUUCACAGAAUGAAGCAGAAAUCCAAUUAAUGUCCCUCUCCUCUCCCAGGUUCUCACAAAGCAUCAGCUAGCACUUUAACGACCACACAUGCCAUUACACCACACACGUACGAGCCAUUUUUAGCCUUUAAAUGCCUAUUAAAUAUCUAUUAAAGCAUUAAAAAUGAUGUAGUACACUGCAGUAUAGUCAUGGGAGGUAAAAUAAAAUGUUUUACAAUCUCUGAACCUUUGGCACUGCACUUGUUCAGCUUGCUACGUGUUCAGUUGUGUGCCCCAACAUCACGGUGUGUUUCAGCUACGGCAAAUUAAGAUGCUGUGAAUCUUCAUGUUUGGGGGGUUUUUUCAGCUGCUUACACGUGAAUAUGUUCUGGUUUCUUUGCUUCAUUUAAUGAAAGAAAUCAUUAAGACCGAAUCAUUUUGGUUCAUCAACAUCAUCAUUUUGACGUUUGAAAACCAACGGUCAACAUUUUCUGGCAUUUUAUGGACCGAACAAUCACUCGACUGAGUAAAGAAUCGUUAGUUUUAGCCCCAGUUUCCUUUCACAUUCAAAAGCUGUAUACACAAAUAUUGAUUGCACUUAUCUGUCAUUGACCGGUCCUGAGAUUCUGUAACGUACGACUGUAGAUGGUGCAGAGUUUUAGCAGUUAAGCCGUUCAGAAGCAGCUGAGAGUAAAGAGAACCCCACCGGAGGCAGAGUGAUGUUCAGAGAUUCCUGUUGCAACAUUGGUAGAAUCACAUUGUUCCCUUCCAUUAGUCAGACGCCAGUGUGCUUCUACUGUAAUGUUGACUCCAUUCAUCAUUCUGUUUCAACUCACACUGUUGCUUCCAUGCCUUUUUUUUUGUAAAUGUCCUUUCAUCCUCGUGGCACAGUGUUUUCGUCAUGUUGUUUAGCUGCUACUUUGCUGCCACCUUCUCAUCUACGCAGUUGUACUUAAUGUGUAACCAUGGCGAUGACUGUAGGAAAUUGGUAAGUGGUUAAAACACCGUGGUUUUUCCCCCUCAUUCUUUUGAUAUUUCAUAUCAAAAUAUGCUAAUCUUGCUGUUCCAGAUGCUGCUUCAUGCUGCACACAACAGUUACACAGCUUUCUGUGUCCAUGUCGCCUCGAUUUCACAUGAAUAAAUGAACCCACACUUACACAUGGAGUCAGACAUUUAGCUCUGCUUUCCAGUCGUGUGAUUUCAAACUCCAUGUGUGUUGUUCAUGAGUGAAAUAGCUAAUAUACUUCCCAGCAUUACAUCAAUCAUAACAUCUGUCGUCAAAUCCUCCAUAUGAGGUUCCUCAUCGCCACAAAUGUGUCACCUUUCCUCGACAGAUCUGGAACUCAUCAGAAAGCUUAGGCACAUCCUUUCCCCUCACCCCCUUCACCCCCCCCACCCCCCAUCUUGCCUUUGCUGACAUCCAUGUGUCCAUUGUCGUAAAAAUGUGGAGAUGACGUUAACCUUUGUUGUCAGCAUUGGCUGUCUUUGCUGCUCAUUGACUUUGUUCCUGGGACAAAAAUGAACUCUCCUGCUCACUUCUCUCAUUCGUUUUGCAACCCCCCUCUUCUUCU